AUGUCUGAAUUCAACCUUGAUCAAUUCACUUUUGACGACCAAUAUCAAUCAUUGGAUCAAGUAGACCUCCAUUCUCCUGAAUUUCCAGUCGAAGGCUAUGAAAAUCUUCCUAAUCCUUCAACCUUCGACUUUGGAGACUUCCUCAGCAACACGGAUGUGGAGAUGAUUGACACGCAAGCCAGUCAAGGGAUGACUAGCAUCUCGCAAGGAAACAACACCCGAGUUGAGUUACCCGUUCCUCUCAUUACUGACAACGCAACAGUCAACCCCAGCUUCUUGAACAAGCGUUUCACUAGCAACAUGAACCCGCUUCCGACAGUCGGUUUCACGGCUCCGGCAGUCAGUUUCACGGUUCCAAGCAUGCCACCAAUCCAAAAAUUCCCUGCUCCUUUCGAGUUCUCCAACGAUUACCGGCACACCAUCUUGAAUGCAUUCCCUAGCCCAAGCUAUCCAUUGCACAUCAUCGAUUCCUUUGGAAGCUUGCCCGGAAGCGUUAUGGAAGCACUUCAACAAGGGUUGAAACGAUGCAGAGAGGUUGACGACGAGCUCAAUCAAUUCGUCGUCGAUGGCAUCGACAUUAUUGAACCAUUUAAUCCUAAUCAAUCACCAGCCAAGAAGCGAGUCGUCUCCAAGGGUAAAGGUAUCGCCGUCCCCGUCGCAUCAGAGUCUGUUGCAUCACACUGGGAUCCAGAGGACUUCGCAAUCUCGGAGACAGAAGAAGAAUUUGAACCAAAGGAACCAGAAGUCAAUGUCAGGCCUACCAAGGUACCUGGAAAGAGUUGGAUUAAGCCCAAUAUGUCAACACAAGGUAAGAACAAGCGCAGCAGGAACAUCCAGUCGCUUAAUCCAUCGUCAUACUACGCUCCCCUUGCAAAACAACCUCAAAGCUGGGGAAAUCCAAAUCGUGCCGGUGUCGUUCCUUUCCGGUACACCCCAGACGGAGAAUUGAGCCCGUACGUCAAGUACACCGCCAGCCAGAUCAAAGAGUUCAUCUUCAACCAUCCAGGUCACAGCAUGGGAGGACAGAGACACACCAAAGCCUCUGGACUCACACUCUGGGUUCAAAGCGUCCCAUCCGACUCUGCCGCACGCUACGCACACCCAAAUUCCGACAAAUGUCGCUUUGAAGACUGCCCAGCCCGGAACGGCACCAUCCUCAAAGGCCAAUAUCGAGUCGCUUUCGAUGAGCAAUCGUCCGAUCCGGUUCUCACUGACCCUUUCCACAACGCCGGCCACGUUCAUCUCUACUGUCUAGAGAAGUUCCUCGACUUUCGCUUCAUCUGCGCCAAUUUCAAUGUUCGGCCUGACGAUCGUAUCCUCGCCGAGGGACGAAACAAGAUGGCGAUCACACGAGAUCACGUCGAGAUGAAAAGAGUCGUCCGGAUUUUCGUCCGCAACGCAGAGAGAGAGUACGCCAACCCAAAUUUCGUUAAUCUUGCUAAGGACUAUAAGUACGAGGACACCCUUUGCUAUAAGUUGACCGUCAAGCACUUGGAGCUCGAACCCGCUAAUCGACAAAGUGUCCGCGACCGCCGUCCCAAUUCAAACUCCUUGGACAAACACAUGAACAACCUUGACAAGUACGUCGCUGGCAAAGUCAUUCAAAAACAAGCACGUUUGCAACCUGACAAGAAGGUAUCUAGUAGCGGAAGUUCGACAUCCGAAACCACAGAUGCAAAGAGCAACAAGAGAAAGGCAGCUGAGAUGGAUCAGGACAAUGACGCAGAGUUUGACAUUGAUGGAAGUAUAUUCGAUGUAGACGGUGACACCAUCAUUAUUGACACCCAAGAACAAACACAAUCAUCGAGCACACAAGGCAAUCCAGCCAAGAGAACUCGUCUUGUGAGGAAGAGAUCCAGAAAAUCCAUGGAAAUGGAUAACAGCAAUAGCGAUAACGAAUCUUCCGAGGACAGCGACGCUUCGGAUUGGGAACCAGCGAAGAAACCACUGAAUGGGCCAGCAAAGAGACUCAGCCGAUUAGGCAAAUGA